GCGGCGGCGCCUCCUCUCUCCUGCCCCGGCCCGGCGGGAGCGCGGCCGGGCCCCGCUGACACUGACACCAGGCCGCCCCCCGCCCGGCUGCGCCCGCGGCGCUCGGCUGGAGGGGGCCUGGCUCCUGCCCCCGGGGCCUGGCUCCCGCCCCGCUCCCGCCGCUCCCGGCCUGCCAACCCGCCGGGCUGCUGCCGCCUCGGGCGGGCGCUGGCGCUGUUUUCCUUUCGCCCGUUUGCUCUCGCCGUUCCCCGAAGGAACGUUCCGCCCCGAGGCUGCAGGGUACGCGACGGCUCCUUUUGCAGGAGCCAGGGUGACACACGUUCUGUCCGGCUGUCGGCUUCGUGUCAGCUGCCUUGUUGGCUGGAGGAUGAAAGAUUUUAGCUUGCAGCACUUGAAACUAAAAGUUUCAGAUCAGAAGCCACUAGGUUGUUGGUCGGUUAAACAUGGGCAGGUUAUCACAUGUCCAGUUGUAUGCAACUUUGAAACUCAUGAAUAUGUAGCUGUUCAUGAUGACAAGGUUUUAAGAAUAUGGAAGAACACAGAUACUAAUUUGGACAAAGUAUUUAAAGCAACACUUUCAGCUGAUGUAUACAGAAUACAUUCACUACCCAAUGGAGGGCCAGUGGUACUAUUCAGAGGAGGUGGUGUUCGAACUUUAGAUGUUCUUUUGGAAGCCCCACAACAAGAAAUUGAAAACAUUGUCUCGGACGAAGUCAUCAAGUGGAGUGAAGCUUUUAUGGAAGGUCAACAGCCUGUCUUAAUUUUUGCUACUGAGAAAGACGGGGAUUUUUUUAUCUACAUACAGAAACUUAAGAUGAAUAGUCUACACAAAUAUAAGCUUGAGCAACAUGAAUUGUCUAAACCACUGAGUUUCACGGCAUACAUAAAAAAUCAAAUAAUCACACUUCUGUGUUUGUAUUCCAGUGACACUGUGUACAAGGUUCUGAUACCUCUCCAGCAAAAUACUGAAGAGAAAGAGCAGAUUUUGUCCAAGUCACUACUCCUAAACCUUUCGGUAUCUGGAAGUGUUCUAAAAGGAACUUCUUUUGUUGUUCUUGAUAAAGACCACAUUGCCGUAUUAGGAAGUCUAGCUGCAUCUGGUGAAGAAUCCAGAGAAUGCCUAACAAUCUGGAAUACAAAAUUUCAGACAUUGCAAACUUCAAAGGAACUGCCUCUGGGAACCAGUGGACAAUUGUGGUGUUACGAGGAAAAAUUUUUUUUUAUUCAUGGGAAAAUGCUAACAGUGAUUAUGUACAAGUGUGAAACAUCAUCUUUGGCAGCUGCUGUGGGAAAACUCAAGGACAGUCAAACCCCUGAUGUGUCUACAUUUGUAAACUGGAAUACCCUUGGGGAUGAAGAGCUGGUGGUUUCCUUUCAGUCACAGAAGACUGUAGCUCUAAAAUCUGAGUCCAGAAUGAGCUUAAGAUCAAAAAGGAACACUGUUGCUGAAGUACAGCCAGCCACCUUAUCAGUUGGGCAGCUCUUACUAAACAUAAAAGAUGCUUCUACAACUGCAUUUGAAAAUGAAUUGAGACAAUUGAUGUCAAAAGCACAGAUGCCAGAUCUCCAAGCCACCACUGGAUGUGUAAUAACUGCUCUUAUAAAUAGAUGUAAAACAAAUCCAAAGUACUACCCUCGAAAUUUCCUGCUACAGAUAGUCGAGACCCGAGACUUGUCUUACAGUUUAUGUCCAGAUUUAAUGGCUGUUGCUUUGGAGAAAAAAGAUGUGUAUCUCUUACAACUCUGCUUACAACAGUUUCCAGAUAUUCCUGAAGAAAUUACUUGUGCUUGCCUGAAAGUAUUUUUAAGUGUGAGUGAAGCCUAUCUUCAAAGAAUAGAUGUGAAUCUAGAAUCUGUAAUCUGUUACAUUGAUAUUGAAUUCCACAAUAAAGAGGUUAAGAGUGAAAUUGUAGAAAAUGGUUUCAAUGCGGAGCUGGAACAAGACGUCUGGGAUACUAAAACCACAAAGGAAACCCAUCUGAAGACUGAUGGUGAAUUCUGCCCUGUUGGACCACAGAAGGCAGCGUUACUAAAUGCUGUUCUCCAUUCAGCUUACAGUGAAACAUUUCUUUUGCCUCAUCUGAAAAACCUUCCAGCUGAGCAAGCUGUUCUGUUUCUCAGGUAUUUAUACUACCUGUAUGUGAAAUGCAGUGAAAAAAUUAAUACUGCUCUUCCCGGAAUACGCGCUCCAACUAUAAAUCAGAUUAUGGAUUGGAUGUGCCUAUUGCUUGAUGCUCACUUCACAGUUAUGGUGAUGCUACCAGAAGCAAAAGAGUUGCUUUCAAACUUGCAUAAGUUUGUGAGAGCCCAAGUACGGUUCUACUCCGAACUCAACAAGAUUGAAGGAAGUUUGCGAGAAUUACAAAGACUUAACCACCAGAGAGACUCUCAGACAUAUUCUAUUGAAGUGCUGGAACUUAUUUGAAUUUUAAAUUAAUUAUUAACACAUUUACUUUUUAUUGAUUCCUUUUAUGAUGAGGAUGUAUUAGCACUCCAUAUUGGGGAUGUGAAAAGUUGUUUCCUACAUAGGAGGAGCACGGUUACUCUGAGGCUACAUGAGAGUUGUAAGUUUGAAACUCAUGAAUUAAAAACUCUCUUUUUGACUGGA